CCAAAAAGCUACCUGUCGCCCCCAUCUCAACCAACAAACCACAAUCACAACACCACAAUCAACGUCAUAAUGUCUCGCGAAGGGUACCAAAUUCCUACCGCCUCUACCGGCCAGCGUGGCGGUACCCGCGACGACCAACAGGUCCGCCAUGUCAUGUCUUACCUCUGCGGCGAUUGCGGCGGCAGCGUCACCCUCGGCAAGGACGCUCUUGUCGCGUGCCCUCACUGCGCCGGUCGCAUUCUCUACAAGGAACGAACUAAGCGUAUGGUGCAGUUCGAGGCCCGAUAGAGAAUGAAGAACCUUUGAUUACCAAGCGAAGAGAGGAAGAAGAAGACGAAGACCUUGCAAGAGAACAAGCACGAGACAUAUUGAAUUCAUCAAGAUGGGAGUUUGGGGGUCUGGGAAUUACGUUGAAAUGAAAAAUAAAUAGACAAUGUGACACGGUUUGCGCCGCGCGACAAAGACUCGACGCUGUGUGAUGAUUACUUCUUUGUUUUUUCCCCUCGGCCUCCAAAAUCGCCUUGCGAAUAUCUAAACUGCAAAUACAAAAGUGAACCUAAC